AUGCCCUCGGAAAAAGUGGAGGAUGCGUCUUCCACAAAUGCAAUGAAUGACCGUGAGUUGUGUGUAGAGGUGCAGCGGCUUUCUGAUGUUCUCAGUUCAUGCAGAAAGGACGCGACUGGCGCGGAUGACUGGGAGGAACGUCUUGUGGCGCUGCAGCGGUUAUGUCAACUCGCCCGAGCUGACAUAUCGAAGCGCCACGGAUUUCUGUCACUCAUGGGUACGUAUGUGAAGGUUCCACUCCUGCGCCACAUUGAAGAGAUGCGUACGGUGCUUAGCAAUGAAGCGUGUGCUGUCGUUGCCGCGUUUGCGAAGCACUCUAGCAGCCGUCCGGCUUGGCGUGUUGCGAGUGAGUGGUUUGUUCCAGCGCUUCUGCAGCUGACAAUACGCACCAAGCGGACCUCAAUCACUGCUGCAAUGGAAGCGUUGGAGACACUGGCGAGAACAAAGAGCUUUGGCGCCAGCUCCUUCGCAGAGCUCCUUCGUGGUUGCACGGCCCGACACGCAGCGAUGCGGCGAAGUGCUUUUGGUGUGCUGCAGCUCAUUGUCCAGGAGGGACAGAACGAGGACGAUGAGUUCCCCCUCUCAAAGUACCUUGACGCCGUCGGUCGCGUGCUGCGUGAGGGUCUGGUGGACGCCGACGCGGAGGUGCGGGUUCGUGCGCGUCGCUGUUACUGGACCUUCCACGCUGCCGAACCGGAGGCAGCAGGAGUGCUGUACAAGGGACUUGAGAACCCCGUGAAGCGUGCGCUAGACCGUGAGCGGCGUGGGAACGUGCUGAAGAAACAAGUUGCCAUGGUCGAUGGGCCGCCGCCAACACCAGCUGUUAAAGCACGCAGCAGGGCAGACACAGGUAUUACAAAGGAAGAUUCACCUCACCUCUUAGCGGCACCAGUAGCAGGAAAAUCGCACCAGGAAGAUAAAUUCAUUAAAGGUGAAAUUAGCCAGAAUACGCCAUCGGAUGCAGCAGAGAGUUGGGUGUUAGUGCAGGAUGCACUUCGGAGCACGUUGUGGUCGCAGCGCCUUCUGGGACUUCAAAGGCUUUCAACGGAAUUUCCUCAGUUGCCCAAGAAGACAGAAUGCGUAAAGUUGCUCCUUCCUCGACUGAACGAUCCGAACUGCCGUGUGUCUCAAGCUGCGAUCCAGGCGGUGGGGAUGGUAAUGCGUUCUGCGCCCGCUCUCUUGAAGAAUGAGAUGCCGGAGCUUGUGGCUUCCCUCCUUAUUAACGUGAGUGGUAACAAGGAGGCAUUGUCCAGUGCGUCCCGUGAGCUCCUCGCAGCCAUCAUUCGAACGAAUUCUGUAGAUGAUGUGGCGCAUGCUGUCUAUCGUGUCCUUGGCGAUAUCGUGGCACCAAAGGUGAAAUUGCAGGCUGUCGAGUACGCCCAGUACCUGUACACCGAGAACGCAGAUCAUUUUUCCCAGCUAUCACCGCUAAAACUUUCCAUGACACGAAUGCUGUUUGUAUUACAAAGCGAUCGAAGGAACAGCGAUCUGCACAAGGCGGCAGUUGCGGCCUUUACAGUGCUUUACGCAGUCGCGAAAAACACCUUUCUGCGUGUGCUGUUUCAAUUUACGUCUGAGGAACGAGAAACGAUUGUCGACGCACUCGAGGCAGCCGUGCCACACCUCGCACAGGAGUGCCGGCGACGGUCGUCAGGCGAGCGGCAACUGCAGCACCCCCCGCCCCAUGUCCGGUCUCCCUUCGCAGAAGCGCUCGGGCGCCGCGGCGAUGCGUCCUCGGAGUCCGCAAAGAGGCCGAAUGCAUCGCCGACGGUGCGACCAUCACGGUCUACACCAGCGGGUGCUUCCGCCAAGAAGGCGGCAACCCAUAAGAAGAUGCGCAGUGCUUCGCCCGUCGACGGUCGACUGGAAGGAGCAAAACAAAAAUCCCUUGCUGCAACUGGUGCUGUUGGUGUUCGUGGGGCAUCAGCCACGCGAAACUCCCCUAAUUCAAAGAGACCCUCGCAGCACACUCGGGCUUCAUUACACUACGACCCAACAUCCACGUCGGCGGUGCCUCUGUCACGACGAGUGACGUACGAAGACGUUGAUGUCGUAGACUUGCUAGAUCGACUGGAUGAAGCAUGCGGAGUUGUGGAUACCUGUGCUGUUUUGGAUCGUAUCAAUAGCAUGAUUGCAACGAACCCGAAGCUGUGGCUCGAUGUCUUUGGUCGACUCUUAAUGCAGUUGGAGAAAUUGAUUCCUCAGUCUAUUGAGCCUGAUCACACCGUGAGGUGCCGCGGCGUCAAAGUUCUGGUGACGACGGUGGGGAACAGAAUUCUUCAGAGACCUGUCAGUCGUUCCCUAAAGCGCGUCAUCCUUUUGGCACGUACCGGCAUCGACGAUGCGUUCCCUGAAGUGCAGCUUGAAGCAACUUCGCUGUUGCAGGUGAUACUCAGUAGCGGUAUUUACACGAUCGACCACUGCCUUAAUGCACUUGCCAUGAGCUUAGAUAUAUGGCUACUUGGAAACCGUGAUGAAAGUACCAGGGGCUGGAUUACACUCUUAGAGUCCGUGGAACAUUUGCUUGAUCAACACGGACGCAAUGUAGUGUUACUGCAGAGCAACUGUGCCAACAACGAUAUUAACGGGCAUCCACCAGCACAGAAUGGCCCUCCUGAAGCUUUGAGUGAACCGGUGCUCCGUCGCGUAAGUGGUGUGGUUGUGCGUGCUGUUCAGCACAGCGUCUCAGAGGUGCGUCUUACCGCAGUCCUGACGUGCGUCUCCAUAUGGAUGGCGUUGGACACUGUCGCCUUGCCAUACCUAGUGGAUUUGACAGCAAGUCAGCGGAAACUCGUUUCCAUUUAUUACAAUAUGGCAUCAUCCGCUCGGAUGCCGGAAUGGCGGGGUGCGACGGUGCAACGCGACAUGUCACGCGAAAUGCGUGCCAUGGGCCUGCAGGAGGCUGGCUGCCUAUAG